AUGUGCCGUUCACAGCCGUACACUGUGCAAUGGUGCCCCCAUGCCCCUCCUUUCCCCUUCCGCUUCCCCCACCCGCCCACCCCUUCCCCCAACCGCCUGUCAAGAUCCAGAUGUUGCAGGAGGAGGGGAAUCCGCGCCUUCGACCGCUCGUACCGCACCACUAGUCAUGAACGAGCCCUUCACAGCGUGUUCAUCACCUGUGUGCCCGCCUACACUCCCCACAUGUUACAGAUGUUACAAGAAGAGGGAAUUUACUCCUUCUUUCGCUCCUACCGCGCCACGCUGGUCUUGAACGUGCCCUUCACAGCCAUGCAUCUUUCCAAUGUGCCCCCAUGCCUGCCCUCCCCUUUCCCCUUCCCCUUCUCUUCAUUACCCAACACAUUUUACUCGAAUCAGAUGUUACAAGAAGAGGGGAUUUACUCCUUUUACCGCUCCUAUCGCACCACGCUAGUCAUGAACGUGCCCUUUACAGCCGUGCACUUUGCCACGUACGAGGCCAGCAAGGCAGGCCUGGGGCGGGCGCUACCGGGGGAGGCAUUACCUGGUGAGGGCGUGCUGGACGAGGACAGGCUGCUCACUCACGUGCUGGCGGGCGGCGCUGCUGGCGCUCUUGCCAGUGCUGUGACUAAUCCUCUUGACGUUGUGAAGACACGGCUACAAUGCCAGGGUGUCUGUGGAGUGAAGCGGCUGCAGAGUGCAUCGGUGACGGCAGCGCUGCGCAGCAUAGUGAGGGAGGAGGGGUGGGGGGCGCUGCUGAGGGGCAUGCGAGCACGAGUGCUUUUCCACACGCCCGCCGCUGCCAUUGUCUGGUCAACAUACGAAGCUUCCAAGAACCUGCUACGGGACUUGUGA